CGCGGAGCAGAAUGGGGGCCGCCCGGGAGGCCGAGCAGCCGCCGCCGCCGCAGCAGCAGCAGCAGCGGGAGGCCCAGGGCGGCGAGGAGGAGGAGGAGGAGGCGGAGGAGCUGGCGAGGGGCCCGGGCGCCGCGAGCCCCUGGAACAUCAUGAUCAAGCACCGGCUGGUGCAGCGGCGCGGGCGGCGCUCCCAGAUGAUGUGCAGCUUCACAGACCCUGUGGUUUCCAUGGACCUGCUGCGAGCGGUUCUCCAGCCAAGCAUCAACGAGGAGAUCCAGGCUGUCUUCAGUAAAUACAUGAAGUUUUUCCAGAAAGCUGCAGGGAAUGUGCGGGAGAAUGUCGGGGAGGACGUGGACACCGAGCAGCUCAUUCAAGAGACAUGCCGGAGCUGCCUGGAGCAGGCCAAACUCCUGUUCUGUGAUGGCAAGAAGACUUCUGCUGCAAGGCUUCCCCAUGAAGUAUCAGCAAUGAAGCGCUCCAAACCAGUAGAGGAGGAAAUCAUGAGCCAACAGGGAAGUCCCAUCCCCAAAAAGAGGAAGGGGCGGCCUCCAGGACAGAGCCAGGCGAACGAACGAGGGACUUCGGGAGCGAGCACGUGGAAAACCAAGUCCUCUGAGCCAUUGCAGAGGGAUGGGCCCAAGUGGGAUCCCUUGCGGAUCACGGAGGCCACCGCCUUUGUCCUUGGAUCAAGAGCAAACAAGGCCCUCGGGAUGGGAGGAACCAGAGGCAGACUCUACAUCAAGCAUCCCCACCUGUUCAAGUACGCAGCCGAUCCUCAGGACAAGCACUGGCUAGCUGAACAGCAGCACAUGCGAGCCACGGGAGGCAAGAUGGCCUAUCUUCUCCUGGAGGAGGACAUUCAGGAUCUGGCUGCUAGCGACGAGUACAGGGGGUCCCUAGAGCUGAAGCUGGACGAACUGAAGCCCUUUGUCCCCCCACCGUGGAUGACUGUGAAGAUGCGGAAGUAUAUGGAGUCCCUCCGCAGCGAAGGGGAGCACCCGCACCCGCCGCCAGAAGGCACCCACGACACCUAGGCCUCAUCCAGCCUCCACCUCUGGGGACGGGGACUCUUGGACUUGCUCCUGUGUGCUGGGUUUGCCCUGCUCCUGCUGGUGUUGCGGAGGGUGAGAGAGAGAAGCAGCCUGGGCCCAGCCGGGCCGUCCUUGAGUGCUGUGGGGGUGCAGGAUCCUUACCUGGGCUCCACUCUCCCUUGUUUAAGUACUUGGGCCUUGUCAGGAACAGGCUGAAAAUAAACACAUCUGCUUGAA